AUGGCUUAUCACAGUCCUUACAGAGCUCCUCCGCAUAUAAACAACCCUCCGGAUCAAAGCUUUCUGUGGAAUAUCUUCCAGAGGGUGGACAAGGACCGCAGUGGGGUGAUAUCAGACUCCGAGCUCCAGCAGGCCUUAUCCAAUGGAACAUGGACGCCAUUCAACCCUGUGACCGUGCGUUCCAUAAUAUCCAUGUUCGACAGGGAAAAUAAGAGCGGCGUGAAUUUCAACGAGUUUGCCGGCGUCUGGAAGUACAUCACGGACUGGCAGAACAUCUUUCGGACCUACGAUAGGGACAACUCGGGAUUCAUCGACAAGAACGAGCUCAAACAGGCACUGACCGGAUUCGGUUAUCGUCUAUCGGACCAGUUCUACGGUACUCUUAUUGAGAAGUUUGACCGGCAGAGGAAGGGGCAAGUGGCCUUUGAUGACUUCAUCCAAUGCUGUAUUGUACUGCAGAGGUUGACUGACGUUUUUAGGCGAUACGACACGGACCAGGACGGCUGGAUCCAGGUGUCAUAUGAACAAUAUCUAUCCAUGGUCUUCAAUAUAGUAUAA